AUGUCAUCAGGAACUAGGCACUUAGCAUUCAAAUAUUUGUCAGUAAGAGAGAAUGUCAAGUUUGGCUUUGUAAGGAUUGAUGACAUUGACACUCACUUGAUGAUAGCUAAUCUAUUCACUAAAGGUUUGCCAAAUGGUGUUUUCCAUGGACAUAUCAGAAACAUGGGAUUAGUGUCGAGUUUUGAUAGGCUGGAUUAG